CCAAAGUCCAAAACCGGACGGUCCAACAUUUGGAGAUAUGCCAGGCCUCGACUCGACCUCGUGAAGCAAAGUGCGGCCUAGGGACCUAGGGUUUUGGGAACUCCGGCGAAGGCUCCCAUGGCCGCCGUUCGUCUCCUCCAGGGGCGGGUCGCCUCCCUUCUCCGCCGAGAUCGACUCCAACCCCUCGUUUCCGAGGGACUUGCUUGGCCUUCCCACAUAACGAAAGGCAUUAGAGAUAUCCAAACAGAGGCAGAAUUUACAGAUACAGCCAGUGAAGAUGCUGGGGACCUGAAAUCUUGCCAGGAUGAUUCAAAACAGGUCUCCAACUUGGCUGAAGGGCUUAGUCCUAUUGCUAAGGAGUCCAGUGUGAAGUAUACAGCCUUCUCUAACUUAAAAGCAUCCAAGAGGCAUGAUCUUGCCAUGAUCUUUACAUGCAAGGUUUGCGAGACCAGAUCUGUGAAGACUCUCUGCCGUGAGUCAUUUGAAAAGGGAGUGGUGGUGGUUCGCUGCGGAGGUUGCAGUAAUCUCCAUCUCAUUGCAGAUCGACUUGGUUGGUUUGGGGAGCCUGGUAGUGUGGAAGAUCUGUUAGCAGCACGAGGAGAGGAGGUGAGGAAAGGUUCGGUGGACACCCUGAAUCUUACUUUAGAGGAUCUUGCUGGAAGUAGGUCUUCAUGAUUGUUGAAAACCGAAGGGAUCAUUCCUCGUAUCAUAUGGGAACGAUCGAUUACCAGAUCUGGCAGUUAGAGAGAGAAUGUUUUCGAAGUGCAUGUAUUUGGUACUUGUAUUUUCUUUGUUCUUGUGUGCAUGUAUCCGUGCUUCAAGUUCUAACCAGAAACAUAAACUCACAUGAAUGGGUAACAUUUCGAAAUUGAACAGAGUGGAAUAAUAGCAGAACCACUUCCUUGAUGUUACAAAA